AUGACAGAUAGGGCGGGCUCUGGCGUUGCCACGGCUACUCGGACGGCUGACGCAAUCUCUACGCGCGCUGCGCGGAGCGAUGAGGCGCUGGAUCCGUCUCCACGUCGCCUCAACCCGGAGGAGAGCAGGGCUGGGGCAACCGCCAAACCCUUGUUUGCAGGUCUUUCAGAUGUGUCAAUAUCAGAAGAUAUUCCAGUGGAAGGGGAGAUCACAGUUCCUGUUGGAUCUCAUUCCCCUGAUGAAGAUUACUCCACAUUGGAUGAGCCUGUUAAGGAUACUAUUAUGCGAGACCUAAAGGCAGUUGGAAAGAAAUUUGUGCAUGUCAUGUAUCCCAAAAAGAGCAGCGCACUCCUCAGAGACUGGGAUCUUUGGGGUCCUUUGGUGCUGUGUGUGUCACUUGCACUGAUGCUUCAGGGAGGGUCAGCAGACAGUAAAGAUGAUGGAGGCCCCCAGUUUGCUGAGGUCUUUGUGAUCAUCUGGUUCGGAGCAGUUGUCAUUACACUCAACUCAAAACUGCUUGGAGGAACCAUAUCUUUUUUUCAGAGCCUUUGUGUCCUGGGGUACUGUGUCCUCCCUCUGACAGUGGCUAUGCUCGUGUGCAGGCUAGUACUACUAGCAGGCUCAGGGACUGUCAUCUUCAUUGUGCGACUUGUUGUUGUGAUGGCAAUGUUUGCCUGGUCAACCCUAGCAUCCACAGCCUUUCUGGCCGACAGCCAGCCUCCAAAUCGCAAAGCUCUUGUUGUUUACCCCAUCUUCCUCUUCUACUUCGUUAUCAGCUGGAUGAUUCUCACCUUUCCCCCUCAGUGAUGGGGAUCAAAAGAGACUGCACAACACGAAACUGGAAGUCUUUUUUUAAAAAAAUGCUGCUGUUUAAUUUAUGGGCUUUAUCUCUAAUUUAUAGAUAUUGCCUACUGUAAAAAAGCAGCCUAUGGGAUAAAGCCGGGGAGCUGAAGCAUUCAUUCAUCAUUUCUAAGAAUGAGAUACACAAAGAGUCGGUUGCUCAAAAGAUACAGAAGUCCAGCUAUUGAAUUUUAUUUUAUCCUGCUAUUUAGUAUAGAUGUUAAUUUAAAAAUGCCCAGUCUAAGAAGAGGCUGUCUCAUCUGAAAAAUGCAGAUGAGAGAAGGCAGUUUUUGUGUGACUGGAGAGGAUAAAAUCCUAUCUUGGAACUUCAGGAAGAUUGAUAACUGAAGAGCAGGCAAUAAGGAUCUGACUUAGAAGAAUUUCA